AUGAAUGUUUUCCGGCGAAAUAAUCGAGUCAAGGAUAGGACCCGUGUCAAUAUCAAUGUUCCGGCUCGAUGGGGAUAUUAUUCUAGUUUUCAUGAAGCUGUGUCUCCAGUGAUUUUCUGGGCUCAGUUCUUUGGUGUUAUGCCUUUGAAAAAUGUUCGACUUCCGGAUCCUGAACAUGUUGAGUUUCGCUGGCGCAGUUGGAGGCUGUUAGGUACUUAUGCAUUUUUGAUCUGGAACUUCGUAGUUUCGGUUCUUUUUCUUCGAUAUCUAUUACUGAUUGGAAUCACAGCCAGGAACACAGUCAGCCUUGUCUUCUUCACAAUGUCCCAGCUAAGCUACGGGCUAUUUCUAUUAUUGGCGAGGAAGUGGCCCAAAAUGAUGGCGCACUGGCUUGACAAGGAGAGCAAGUUCCUUCACCCGCCUUACACGAGCAGCAAGGAUCACCUGAAGAGGGAUGUCAAAUUAACAACCGUCGUAAUUGGUUUGCUGGCAAUUUUUGAGCACAUCAUGUUUCAAGCGUCGACAAUAUACACAUUCUACAUUCGAGUGACUCAGUGUCAAGUGGAGAGUGAGGACUACAUCCGUCUAUACUAUACAGAGCAUUAUCCUCAUGUCUUCUCCGCUCUGCCAUACAAUCAUGUACUUGCCGUAAUGAUACAGGUACUCAGCUUCACCAGCACGUUUGUAUGGAACUUCAUGGACCUCUUCAUAAUACUGAUUAGCAUUGGAUUGACGAAACGUUUCAAGCAGUUAAAUGAACGUCUGCUACGAGCCAUGGAGGAAAAUCCCAAUAGACCGGAGGCAUUCUUCCGAGAAAUUCGUCUUGACUUCAUCACUUUGUAUGACAUCCUUGGCUACGCGGAUAAGGAGAUGUCGUUCAUCAUUUUGUUAUCGUGUCUCAACAAUCUGUACUUCAUAUGCUAUCAGCUUAUGAACAUUUUCCAAAAAUUGAGGUUCCCGAUCAACUAUGGGUACUUUUGGAUGUCCUUGCUGUACUUAAUGGGACGCAGUGCUUAUCUAUUUCUUCAGGCAUCUACUAUACAAGAUGUUUCCAGAGUGCCCGUUAAAAUCCUGGCGAAGACACCGCGCGGAGUGUGGUGCACGGAGAUUGACCGUUUCUUAUAUCAAAUACACACGGAGACGAUAGCACUUUCGGCAAUGGGUCUAUUUCAUUUCACCAGGAAGCUUUUCUUUUCGAUGGUCGGGACGUUCAUGACGAUCGAGCUGGUGAUAAUUCAGUUUGAUUUAACAAGUAGGGACCACGAAUUACCGCCAUUGUGUGAAUGACUUUUUUUGCGGAUCACUUUAGAGUUACUUUUCCAUAAAAUUUUUAUGGAAUAUUGGUCAGUGAAUUGGUUCCAGCAAAUAGUCUUUGGAGGCACAAUGAAAAUCAGAUAUAA